AUGCCGCCAAGAUUCUUCAGGAGAAGAGGAAGAGGCAAGGGGCCAAUCACCGCCCCCAAUAAUAAUGAAGCUGGACCUUCGAAUGCGCGAGCUCCAUCUACCACGGAGAGUGACGAUCCCCAACAGAACCGGAGGAACCUCUUUGAGCCGGCUAGACGGUCGGUCUCACACAGUUCAACUCCUCCUAACCCUUAUGGACCACAACCGGAUUAUGAGACCAACAACCCUCAACCUUCAUACAUACCAUUACAGCGAUCCUUAUCGCACAACUCUUUUGGUGACCCUACACCAGUUUUUAGAGGCCGGUUUAACCCGGCAAACUUCCUACAAGAACCAGUGGGUUUUAACCCAUUGGGUCCAGAAGAUCAUUUCUCUGGAGAUCAUGCGGACGACAUGGACGAGGAUACGGACCCUGUCGAGCCUGCCAGUGGUACACCAAACCACCCGAUAGAGAUCUCUGACGGAUCUUCCUUCCACAGAUCACCCUAUGUUGGUCCAGAUAGCUUUCAAGCUAUGUUUACCAGGCACGAAUGGUACUAUACACCUCCUCGCCAUUCAUCGCCUCAGCAGCAGCAACAACAACAACAAGAUCCCUCUGAGGAUCCAAGGUUUGUGGCAGUCACGCCACCACCUCCGCCACCACCAGUUCAACCGGCACCCCCGCAACCACCAAGGCGUAGGAGAACCGGAGCGCGUAUAUCUACGCGAACAGGAGACUUUCAUUUUAGUUCUCCACUACAAUCAAGUGGCAGCCACUACCCGCCACAUCAAGAAGAUCCACAAAUGGGUGGGCCUUCACAUCCAGUUGCACCACAACCACCACCUAUGGGUUUUGAUAACCCAAUUCCGGCAUACACGGGUUCCAUGGCUUCAAUUGAAAUGGCUAACUCAGACGAGAUAAAUAGCCAUCCAACGGAGAAUAUUGAUAACGCCCGGGUUACCUUAACGGGUGCUGAAUUAAAGGCAUUGGUCGACGACGCGGUUACAAAGGCUUUGGAAAGACAGUACGAAGAAUAUAGUGGGACUCGUAGUAGGACCUUAUCUACACAGCCUUCAAAGCCACCAUCCAAGAAGGAUGACCCGAAGAAAGACGAUGAUCGACACUCCUCAAACCACAGUGCUCCAUCACAGCAGGUUAUACUGAACAGAGGACACCGUGAGAAAGGUUGUUCUUAUAAAUAUUUUGUUUCAUGUAAGCCCCGAGACUUCACUGGGGAGAAAGGAGCUAUUGACUGUAUGACGUGGCUGGAUGAGAUGGAUACGGUUGUUGAUAUCAGCGGAUGCGCUGAGAGAGACGUGGUCAAGUUUGUGUCGCAGUCUUUCAAGGGCGAAGCUUUAGCAUGGUGGAGAUCUCUGAUUCAAGCCACCGGGAAAAUCCCCUUGCAGAGAGCGCUGAGGAAUAAGGAGACGGAGAAAAGAAAGCGCGAAGAUGAUAGUUCGCGUAGGUCGAACAAGAAACACCGUGGGAACGGUGACACCAAGAAAGGAUAUGAGUCAAAGAAAGAUGGGCAUCAUUCUGGCGAGAAGCCCAAAUGUAAGAUUGCAAGAAACAUCACUUUGGAAGGUGCAGACUUGAGUCGAACUCUCAGACUCAGUCAAAAACCUAUGCUUGUGGUAUAUGCAAGUCCACGGAUCACAAAACCUUGGAUUGCAAGAAGAUAA